UUUAAUAACCAUGAUACAUCACUUUACACAAAUGAUACUACUUGUAUGGAUCUGCGAGACCGGAAAGAAUCAAGCUCAACAGAUUCGUAUCAUUAUUCACGAUCUACUUAACAACACUAAUGAUAAACAAACCAAAGAUGAGUUACAUCUGUUUUCUUUACAAUUAUUGCAUUGUAACAAUACUUUUUCGGCAAAAGGUUUCAAUAUAGAUGCAACGCUUUUCGCUGCU